CGAAGGGGCCUCUGGGUUUGCCAGACAGUCGAGGAGGGUUCUGCUCUGGACAGUGGCACAUUGGACAGAGGGUGGCACACUGUCCUUACCCUCAUCCCGACCAUCUGUCACCGGACACAGGGGUCCGACCGCUGGGCCUGCAUCCGCUGCCCCCAACUUCGUGGGGCUUCCCGAGCCUGGCCUUGCUCCUCCGCAUCCCUGCUACCCCCAGGGCCCCUCGGCCACAGGUGGCUGCUUCCCAGCCGUCGGCAGCCAUGAGGUCCCGGCUUCUGCUUUCUGUGGCCCGUCUGCCCACAAUCCGGGAGAGCUGGGAGGAGGUGCUGCCUGGGGGGCCCAGGCAGGACCCCCUGGCUUCCCCGAGCCUGGAUGACUACAGGAGGUCCAUUUGUCAGCUGGCGCAGCCCACCUCAGCGCUGACCAAGGCUGCAGCCAGGGCCCGGCCCAGCAGACGCCCCUGGCAAGCCCGGGCCGGUGAGAAGAGCGGCUCCCCCGGGUCCCUCCAGGACUUCACCACUCACUUCAGCGGCCAGCAGCCCCCAAACACUGCUGACCCCCUGGGCUGGCUCUUUGGCGAGUCCCAGGAAAAGCAGCCACGACGCAGGGACCUGCCAAGGAGGACUGGUCCCUCUGCGGACCCCUGGGGUCCUCACAGAGAGAUGGAGAGCAGCAAGGCCGGGGGGUGCCCCAGAGGGAAGCUCUAUGAUGCCAGGGCACCGGGGCGCUGUCCGGUGGGACCGUUAAGGGACUGGCACCAGGGCUCCCGUGCUUCCCGGCAACCCAUCCGGGCCGCAGCCUCCCCGCCAAGCUCGCGCCCCAGCAGCAUUCUCAGAACUCUCUAUUUGCACCUCCCGGUGAUCCAUGAACUCUGACCCCUCCCCAAUAAAGGCUUCUGUACAGAGCAA